AAAUAAAUUAAUACAUAUUAUUUGUGUCUUGUUUUAUUUUUUUUUAUCUAAGUAGCAGUAUUCUGAUUUAUGUAGAUAAGGUGAUAAAAACCACGUGCAAAACUUUUGCUUCUGGGAACCUUGAUCCAUCAUUUCAUGAUAAAAAAAAUAUGCUUUCAUGGUUUUUUUUCACGAGGUAAAUGAUAUCACUGUUCAGCCACUGUUCCUUAAAAUCACUUGAAAAUGUGAUCAAAUUGUUUGCUCCUGCAUGGCAUGAUACUUGCAUCAUAUUUUGCAUAAUUUGAUAACUUCAAAUACAGAUUGAAGUUACUUCUCUUUUUUUUUGCCAUCCCAGACUACACUGGUUUGCAUCCAAACACUACAGUUGUAUCUUAUUUAAACUAUGAACCUACCUUCAGAUAUAUACUGUAUGUACCUGCACUAACUAGGCCGUUUUGAAAAUAUGCAACCUCACAGCAGUCAACAACUUCCGGGUAACCCGCGACGGACGACGUCAUCCCGAGAUAAACAACACUGUCAGAGCCCCGGCUAACUUCUGUUGAAGAGCUUGUAACAAAAAUGACUUAACUAUGGCAAAGAAACCGGAUGACCUCGGAGAUUUAUGGCUGUGAUUACCUAAAAGAAAAAAUCUAUUGCCACACUCCAUCCCUAGAUCUUGAUCGCUCUCUUCAGCCAUGUCGUCACGCGUGUUGCAGCGGCAGCAGCUGAUGCGAGAACAAGCCCAGGAGCAGGAGCGACGUGAGGCCCAGCAGCAGGCCUCCGCCUCUCUGCUCCGGGCCUCUGACUCCACUCCAGCCAUCUCCGUCACGCUACCCCCGAAUGCUGCCCGCCCCCCUCCGGCACAGGUGCCUGUGGAGGUGCUGAAAGUGCAGACCCACUUGGAGAACCCCACCAAGUACCACAUCCAGCAGGCACAGAGGCAGCAGGUGAAGCAGUACCUCUCCACCACUCUGGGCAACAACGCGGUUACUCAGACCAUCGGCCUGUCGCCCGUGCCGCAGUCCAGUUCCGCCCCCGAAGUUGCUCCCACUGCCAGCAGUGCCCCUAACAGUCCUAUGGCUCUGCUCAACAUCGGAUCCAACAAGGAGGAAAUUGACGAUGUGAUAGACGACAUCAUUAGUCUUGAAUCCAGUUUCAAUGACGACAUCAUUACGUUGAUUGACUCAGGGCUUCAGUUGCCUUGCACGCUCCCAGGAAAUCUGUUGGAUGUAUACCAUAGCCCUGGAAUGGCAGCACCUACUUUCGCUGUCAGCAACUCCUGCCCUGCUGAUCUUCCAAAAAUUAAAAGGGAAAUUACCGAUGUAGACAACAAAGCAAUAAUGAAAGAAAGGCAGAAGAAAGACAACCAUAACCUCAUUGAGAGGAGGCGGAGAUUCAACAUCAACGACCGUAUAAAGGAGCUUGGUACUCUGAUACCCAAGACGAAUGACCCAUAUCACAAUGAUGUCAGUGAGAUGCGCUGGAAUAAAGGCACCAUCCUGAAAGCCUCGGUCGACUACAUCAGGAAGUUGCAGAAGGAGCAGCAGAGAUCCAAGGAUAUCGAUAUGCGUCAGAAAAAGCUGGAGCUUGCAAAUCACGGUCUAAUGUUACGCAUCCAGGAACUGGAAAUACAGGCACAGCUCCACGGCCUGAGUCCUGAUCUAUCUCAGCUCCAACAGCAGCAGCUCCCACAUAGCGGUCUGUCUCUGCCUCCCGGUGCAGAAGGCGUCUCCUCCCAAAACCUCCUCGGUAUGGGCGGGGUGGGCAUCGGGCAGCCCCUGCCGACCUCCUUCCUGUCCCCGCCCUCCUCGGACUCUCCCGCAGGAGUCACCAUCAGCAGCCCCCUGGACCUGGGCAGCCUGAGCUUCGCCGAGCUAGACGACAGCUCGGCCUCAGCACUUUACCCCGACGUGGGCUUGGCAGACUUUCUCAUGGACGAGGGGUGCACUCUGUCUCCGGACAGGAUGGCCGAGCCGCUCUUUUCCCCCUUGUCACCAGGUGCCUCUAAAUCCAGCAGUCGCAGGAGCAGCCUUGAAAUGGACGAGGACUUGUGAUGAGCCCCGAGUGGCUGUCAGAGACUGUCUGUAGGGACAAGAAUGGCGGAAAGUGCAGUCUGUCCUUAAAUAACGCCAGUCUAUUUAUAGGACUGUGAAUUUGAACUUAGAAAAGCAAAAACAGCUAACGUUAAGAUCAAAACUAACAUGUUCUUCUUGAUUUGUUUCUUUCUUCUUUUGCCAUACAGGCCUAAAUAUUAUUGUUCCUGUUUGGAGCUGGUCAGAUGAUUAUGUCUGGGUUUAUAAAUGCAAUCUUGUUAAAAUGAAAUAUUAUACGAUAGGGGCAUGGACUUAGCAUAAAGAUAUAUUUCCAUUCUUAUAUAGUUUUUAAGAUUUUUUUCUUCAGAGAUUUAAGAGGGAUAUAAAGUUUGCUUGAAUUUAUUAUGUGCUCAUUUAUAGGGAAGAAAGCUGUGAGGUUUCUUUUUUUCACAACAACACUGAUGAACAGAUGCCAACAUACAGUGUGUUUUAUUUUUUUCGACUGACUGGAAUCAGGGUUUGUUAAUAGCGGUCACAUCCACGUUGGGUUGUCUCACCAGCAGCUGCAGAAGGGAUUUUUUUAAGGUGAAUUGGCACAUUGUGAGAUAUUUACUGCAUAUUGUAUAUAAGAAUAUUUUAUUUUGAGCAAUUUAAUUGCACCUUAUUUUUUGGCAGUCUAUGCAUUUUAUGAGAGCUUUUGUCUGUUUUUAUUACGAUCGCACACGGUGGACAGCUGAUGCCCAGGUUGCAUGUGUUUGUAAUACAUUUUAAAAAGCAAUGGAACAUUCACUUGCUGCUGCAGCUAGUCGGCCAAAGCAGGACUUCUUCCAGAGUAGCUACAAAAUUGCAAAAUCAGCAUUUUUAUUUUUGAAUAUGUUCACUAGAGUCAAUGGAAAUGCAAGACAGUAUGAGAGAUGCAGAACAAUUUUUCAGUAGUACUGUAGUUCAUUACAGUAGUCUUUUUGAUACCUGAAUAAUAGUUUACUCGGUAGUUUCUCCUGGCUAAUAUCUGUGUCGUCGGUGAUUGUCUGUUAUUCUUGGCGGCCGGUCACUGAGUGAUUAGCAUGUUCUACCAAGACUGUGGCUUCUUUUUGGGGGGUUUUUGACGAUCAAAGCUGAUAUAUCUAAUAAUGCGAUAAUGCUCAUUGUAGUAUGAAUUCAGAGGGCUUUGACCUUCUUUCAAACCAACCACUAGCCUCACAUCUGUAAUAAGGUAUAACUGUUUGUUGUGUGAAACCUGCAAUGCAACCAUUAUUCAAUAAAAUAGCCACAAAGUUUUAGAAAGGCAUUUUUAUUAUUUGUCAGAUGCGUAACGUGACCUUAUGUACAGUAAAUUAAUGAGUGUUUGAGAAAGUUCCUGCAUAAGUGUAGUUAUUUUUCUUUUCUUUUGUUAACACUGACGCACUGAUUUUCUUUUUUUUCCUUCAACACAACCUCCAAGUUAUUGAUAUGCAUACUUUUUUAAAAACUAUUCAGCAGUCAAAAAACAUCUUUGCUUUUUGGUGGUGACGGUGAUUUUUAAGUGUCCUCUCCUGUUCAUUCAGAACUUAUGUAGACUACUUUGUUUUGUAGCUAAAAGCAGCUCUACUCCGUAGCUCAGUGCUACUAAUUGCGUUGUUCGUAGUCCCAUCAGAUUACGUACAUACAUGACCGGCCUUUUUUUCCACUCAUAGUUAAUCGCUCUCCACAAUAUUAACCGUGUCUUACCCUGACAUAUAUCUGAGUGCUAACAUUGACUGUUAACCAUAAACAGGUAGCAUUUGUGUCUUGUCCUAUUACAAGUUGGCUUUUCGGGAGAUUUUAACAAAUAAAUGAUUCCCAUUG